AUGGCCGCUCCAAAUUCAACAAAUGACAGCAACGGAAAUACCUUGAACGAAGGUUGGUCCGUCUUAUGCGAAGUCAGCAAAGAAGAAUUACCAAAGGCUAUUCUGAAGCGGAAAUUUGAAGGUGAAUUCCUAUCUACCGAAAUCAUUUUUAAGUGCAGGAGAGAAAGACUAAUAUCAAAUUUGAUAUUAGAACUGUCCGAGAAAUGUAAAAUUCAAAGUAAGGCUUCUGUCUCGGUUGUUACAUUCCUCGGGUUGACAAACAGCGAGGCCACUUCCAGCCUAAGCUCCAUUGCAAAUGCCAUCGUCGAGAAGACAGUGUUUGGUCAGUCAUCUGUCUUUAGCAAAUCCACAAACACGAUGUCUUUAACGAAAAUAUUUUAUCAGCGUGGCCUAUGGAUUUACUGUGAUCCGGCGAAAAAUACCAUUUAUUUGUUGUUGGACUCGAUCAAUGACAGUGAUACUCUUUUAAAUCUAUGGAGGGACACUCAAUCGACCAUCGAAAACGGGUUGGCGCAACCCAUAUCAAAAUUAGAUGCAAACCUGGUUUCGUUAUUAAGAACCAUAUCCUCUGUCAAACGACAUGUCAUGCCACACGCUAAUAAUUUUAUGAAUUUGUGCUGGCAACACUUGGACAUACCCACGCCCUAUGGACCAUCAUCCAUCAGCGGAUAUGGCGGACGAUUAGGAAAUACGCAGGGCGGAGUGACCACGCCUGGACGAUGUGUUCCAUUUCUUCUUUUCCUAUUCCUAGAGGUUCAACUGUCCACCACUUCGAUGACAGAUGGAAACAAGUCCGAGUCUAGUCACGAGAAGCUUUUUACCCUUCCACCUCCUUCUUCCCAAUUCUUUGUUCACCUUAUUCCACGCGGCUCUACGGGCAAUCUGCUGACACCUGAUCCUGCGUUUUCCUUUGUUUCAAGUUCGAGACACGCACACGAAAAUAAUAAGAUUGAUAUCGAGUCACUAUUACGAAGAAGAAAAGGGAUUGUUCAAAGAGGCGCAGAGAAUUUCGAAAUCAAACUAUUCAAGGACUUCACUCUCAGUUGGAUUAAAUGGGCGGCUACCGGUUAUCCCCGAAGUUUCGUCAAACGGGGAGUUACGUCCAGUGAGCUACCAAAUGCCGAGCAAUGGAUCUCCGGUUCGGUGGCCUUGAGAGAAUUGUUAUUUGGAAACCUCGGGAAGGAAAUUCUGGAAAGAAAAAGUUUCAGCACCGUGGGCGACACGCUAAACAGAAGACUAAAAGAUUGCGUUCAGAUUAACAACAGAUUUUCUGCAAGCCAUUGCGCUCAAGUUUUACGGAAAGCUAUCGAUAUAUAUUUAUUGGAAUCUCCCACGUAUUAUAACAAGCAGUAUCAUGAUGUUAAGUUGGAACGUGCCUUGCGAUUUUACAUGCCAUCCGCUCGAGGACCCUGCAUACAAAGUUAUGCCGAGAAGCUGAAGGAAGAGUGUCGAAACAUUUGGGAACGCGGAAGACAGAAAUGUGAAAAACGAAGUUUGUCUGGUCACGAAUGCGUCCUAGGGUUGGAUCAUGAUUCCGAGAGUUCCGAGAGCGGAGGAGGAAAGUACAAUGUGAAGAAAGUUUUAAAGCACCGAAGUUCAUUCCAGCCUCUACAUGCGUGUAACUGUGGAAGGAGUCGGAAGGAGAGGGAUGACCCCUUUGACUUAAUUGUAAAAGGGAAUCAAUUUCUCCUCAAAAAUGUCACAUCGUCCACCUUGAUGUGGUCCCUUAUACGACUUGGGCCAGGAACAACUUAUCGUUCUAACCUCGGUCUCGAUAAAAUGGAUGGCUUCGCUACGAACGCGAAUUUUCUUUUGCCAAUGGACAUCUCUUCUGCGACGAAAAAAGCUCACGAAGAGAUGGCAACAGCAUGCGAUUCGAGCGGGUGGACCGUAGACGUGGCAGACGGUGAUAGCAAAACAAAGAAGUCACGGGUAAAGGGGUCUAAGCAAAAGGGAAAGAGUGGAGAGGAACAAAAGAAUGACAUUGGCGCGGCUUGGCCAUCGCUGGGUAGUGACAAUGUCCAAAAUGAUGUGGCUCGCGAGAUCCAACAGAAUCCGAUGCAGACGGACGAAUCUUUUAUCGCGUCGGAUACGAAAGGCCUUAAGGGUGGGGAUAUGAGCAAAGAGAAAAGAAAUAGACGUGGCGUUAGAAACAAUCCAAAGAAAGAUCGCACGGGCGUUGGAUCGUCCACAUCGAAAGAUGCUAGUCCAAAUUUUCCUUCCAAGGUUGAUUACCAAAUGCUGAAAGGUUACCUCGGCGUCGAGUACGAAUGUCCCAUCGGUCACAGAUUCAUGAGUUGCGGAAGAGGUCAAGUUUGUAAGUUGGGGCACGCCGGACAUAUAAAGGAAACCGCAAAUACUCUUUUGGAACAAGAUCUACCCAUUUACAUUAUCUGCCCGUGCAAUAGUUCCACCAACAAUUCUCCUACGUUCGCUCAAUUGCAACGUGUUGUGAUCGUGACUCCCGACUCAUCGGCAUUAGUUGCCCUAAAUCCUAUUAUCAAGGAAACGAUCGAGCAAGAGGGAGAAGUGUUUAUCGAGCAAGGUGAGGUCUUUGAAGAACAAACCCUUGACGAAUCGGGUAACGAUGCCAAUUCAAUGGAAGAUAUGGAUGAAGAUAAUGAUGAGGAUAGAGCAGGUGAUGUGGUCGACCUGAUAGAUGAUUCCAUACAAGGUUUCUUUUCUCAUCAAGCAGUUUCGGGUGGUGGUGACGAUAAAAGCUUUUUGUGGAGGACAGAUACUGGGGAACAAUUAUAUGAGCUGACAGGUCAUACGGACACGGUCACGUCUGUUAUGUUCAGUAAGAACGGUGAAUUUGUAGCCAGUGGUGGUAUGGAUGGCAAGAUCCUGGUAUGGAAGGUGGAUGGUGGAGAGUUGGUCGCAUCGUUAGAAGGUCCUGAUGAGGUUAUGUGGAUUGAUUGGCAUCCUAAGGGCACAAUCCUUUUGGCGGGUGCAAAUGAUGCGUCGAUAUGGAUGUGGCAACUCCCAUCCGGCAACUGCAUGAACGUUUUUUCCGGACACUCGAAAGCUGUCACGGUUGGACAAUUUACACCCGAUGGCAAGAAGAUUGUCUCAGGAUCGGAUGAUUCUUCCUUGAUAAUAUGGGACCCAAAGACUGCUUCUCCUAUAUUAAAAAUAACUAGCGAUGACUUGAGAUUUCACCAGGCGGGCCUUACCGCCCUCGCAACAAACAAGGAUAGUACUCUGGUUCUCACAGGAUCCAUGGAUAAUUCCUCAAGACUGGUUAAUAUGAGUAGCGGCGUGAUUCUAGGAUCUUUUCAAGAUCAUUCGGAAUCGGUUGAGGCAGUAGGAUUUUGUGAUGUUCUUCCUUUGGUAGCGACGGGUUCGGUAGAUAGCAAAUUAAACAUUUGGGAUGUGAACACGAUGCGACUGCGUCAAACAUGCCAACACGAUGAUGCCAUAAUCAAGCUUAAAUGGCAUUCCGAAUCCCCUUUACUGACCACAUGCUCUGCUGAUAAAACUGUGCGCGUAUGGGAUGCCCGGACUGGGAACUGUGAGAGAAUCUGGCAUGGACAUCAAAAUUCAAUACUAGACUUUGCGAUUUCAAG